CCUCAUCUUUCUUGAUUUCUUGUUUGGGUUUUAUCAUCUCUCCAUCUUUCUGAGCUCAAGAAUCCUCAACUACCAUUCUCACCAUGGCUAAAUUGCUCUACCAGCUUCUGCUCUGUUUCUCAUUUCUUCUCUGCAUGAUCUUCUCAUCCUCUGCUCAAACCUGCAGCAGCCGUGUCUUCUCAAACAACCAAGUCUUCAAAUCCUGCAACGAUCUUCCUGUCCUCAACUCUUUCCUUCAUUACAACUACGAUUCUUCAUCUGGGAAGCUACAGAUUGCUUACAGGCACACUGGGAUCACGUCCAGGAGAUGGGUCGCUUGGGCUAUAAACCCUAAAUCAGGAGGCAUGUUGGGGUCGCAGGCUCUGGUUGCUUUCCAGAAAACUGAUGGGUCCAUGACGGCUUAUGGAUCACCUAUUGAUAGUUACCAGACGACUUUGAAGAAUGGUAGUCUUAGCUUUGGGGUUUCUGAUUUGUCAGCUACGUUUGAGAAUAAUGAGAUCACCAUAUUUGCUACUCUGAGUCUUGAUGGCAAGACUGAAACGUUGAACCAGGUUUGGCAGGAUGGUCUUCUUCAAGGGGAUGCUCCUCAAAUGCAUGACACUAAUGGGGAUAAUGUUAAGUCCAUGAGUACUCUAAAUCUUGUAUCUGGAGAAUCUGGUACAGUUGGAGGGAAUUCAAAGAUCAAAAAGCGUAAUAUUCACGGAGUUCUAAAUGUUGUUAGUUGGGGCAUCAUGAUGCCAAUUGGUGCCAUCAUAGCAAGAUACUUGAAGGUUUUCAAAUCCGCAGACCCUGCUUGGUUUUACCUUCAUGUCUUCUGCCAAUCCUCAGCCUAUGUUAUCGGCGUAUCCGGGUGGGCAACCGGUCUCAAACUCGGAAGUGAAUCCUCCGGCAUUCAGUAUAAUCCCCACCGAGCAAUUGGGAUCAUCCUCUUCUGCCUUGGCACUCUUCAGGUCUUUGCAUUACUUCUAAGGCCAAAACCAGAUCACAAGUACAGAUUCUACUGGAACAUCUACCACCACUCAGUUGGAUACCUCGUUAUCAUCCUCAGCAUCGUGAAUAUUUUCAAGGGAUUUGACAUCUUGAAACCGGAGAAGAAGUGGAAGACAGCUUACAUUGCGGUUAUCGUGGUUUUGGCCAUCAAAGCUGUUUCAUUGGAAGCUUACACAUGGUUUGUUGUGAUGAAAAGAAGAAAAUCAGAAAAUGAAGCUGCAAAGAUGCCUCAUGCCAGGAAUGAAGCAAAUGGGUAUGGUCAACAACAGCAUGUGUAAAUAGGGUUUAGAUAUAUGCCAUGUUUGUUUUCUGGGUUUUGUUUUACUUCUUGGUUUGUAUGUACAUGUUUUAUGUACGAGGUAUUUUGGAGAUGCCUUCUGCACUGGGGAAAUUUAGGGUUAGGGUUAUAUUUUUGUCUCCAAUUAGGUACGGGGAAGUGCUUUGAUUUGUUCUGCAGAUGCUGCAGAAAUUUUCUUGGUUCUUAUAUAAUUAUUUAG